AUGGACAACCCAAAAAUCGGAAAUCGAAUCCCAGAAUUUCCCGAUAUGGAUUCUAUCGCCAAAGACCUGUUUGCUGACCCAACCCAACCCAACCCAACCCACACCAACAGAUGGCAUUGUACACAGUGCCAAAGCAUCAUUCCCAGCAAUGUUGGAAUUACUUUCGCUCAAGUUUUUUCAAGAGUUUUUCUCCUUUGGCCAAUCCUUUACUAUGUUACUACGACAAGAGAUCAGUUUGGAUUCCCCCUGUUAUUGAUUGCUUGGACUGUUACUGAAGUUCUUCGCUACCUUUACUACAUCUUGAAUUUACUCUCUACUGUGCCAGCAAUUACAUUGGUACAGGUAAAUAUUACUAGAUAUUCUUUUUUCAUUAUCUUGUAUCCUAUUGGAAUAACGGGUGAGCUUAUUUCCUGUUACUGUGCUCUACUCUACUACACAGGAAUUUUCGGUUUUACUACCAAAGAGGUGAAAUAAGAAUGAUAUAGCGAUUAUAGCCGUAAGUAGGGAGGUUUCUAGUUUCUUCACACUGAAUAAUAAUAAUGAAAAUAAUAACAUGAAAGUAAGAUAACCGAUCCGCCUUCAGCUUCCAAAUUUUCCUUAAAAUGAUAGGGGCAAACAUUUUAUAUGAUUGAAUACAGAUUGAAAAACUUUU